AUGCCGGCCCUCAGCAAGGAAAAGGCCAUGUUCAGUUCAAACGGGAAGAUUAUGAAGCCCAAUGGCAAAAAGCUGGAUGAAUUUGAGUCUGGCAUUUCUCAAGCGCUGCUUGAACUGGAGAUGAACUCGGACCUAAAGGUUCAGUUGAGGGAGCUGAAUAUAACUGCAGCCAAGGAAAUUGAAGUUGGUGGUGGUCGGAAAGCUAUUAUAAUCUUUGUCCCCAUUCCUCAACUCAAGUCUUUCCAGAAGAUCCAAGUCAGGCUAGCACAUGAACUGGAGAAAAAGUUCAGUGGAAAGCACGUUGUCUUUAUUGCUCAGAGGAGAGUUCUGCCUAAACCACUCUUUUUUAUUUUUCAUGCGAAAAAUAAGCAGAAGCCUCCCAGGAGCCGUACUCUGACAGCUGUGCACAAUGCAAUCCUUGAAGACUCGGUCUUCCCAAGUGAAAUCGUGGGCAAGAGAAUCCGUGUAAAACUGGGUGGCAGCUGGCUUAUAAAAGUUCAUUUGGACAAAGCAUAGCAGAACAAUGUAGAACACAAGGUUGAAACUUUUUCUGGUGUGUAUAAGAAGCUCACAGGCAAGGAUGUUAAUUUUGAAUUCCCAGAAUUUCAAUUGUAAACAAAAAUGACUAAAUAAAGAACCAUUCACAAUAAAAAAAUAAAUAAGAUUACAGCCUACGAAACCCUAUGGGGCAGUUCUGCUCUGUCCUGUAGGGCCAUUAUGAGUUGGAAUUGACUCACCGGCACAUAACAACAACCAUGUCCUAGUCACUGAAAAAGGAUAGUUCCCCCUAGUUCAGCUUGGCACUGUAGAUUUUAAUUCUUUAAAUCACACAAUCUGAAUGAACCUUGAAACAUAAUAGAUCAUAAAUUGACAUCUCAGCCAACAAUGACCAGAUCCUAUGAAAUAAAAUUUUGUUGCCCAUGCUAUCAUACCCAAAAGAGCAAAGUAAAAAUAUUCACAUUAAAAUAAUGAUGUGAGCCUUCUAAGGAUGUGGAAGGAAGUCAUGCCUCAUUUUGUCAAACCAGAGAUGCUUCAGCUUUAAUUGGACUUUUCCAUCUUGCACACUGCCUGCCAUGUGGUGGGUAGGCUGGAAGCAUCUACUGCGCAAAUGGUUUUGGCAUGAAAAGUUGUUCUUUUAUCAUGAGGCAAAAUUCAUAUGACUGUGAUCUGUCCUCAGAAGAGUUUAACUUUAAUCUUAGACUUUGUAGAUCCAAAUGGAAGUUACACUAUGUGAAAUCCAUUUCUCCAUAGAAAAAUGACUCCUCUCAGACUUCAAAUAGACUUUGUUCUUCACUUACAUGUGAAGUGAGAUUCCAAUUUCUGUUGGGUCUCUGCAGGAGGAAAGUUUGAACAUUAUCCUGAAUCUUAAGAUAUGUUUCACAGUAAAACUUUUCUUCCCAACUCAGUAAGUUUUUGCUUCCUAUAAUUUACUGGAUGAUGAAUUGAAGUGUUUUCUGCUUUGGGAAAAUAAUAUGCCUCAACAAUUGUCCUCACACAUGCCUUCAGGGUUGGCUGGUCAGAAUGAGAUUGCUUGGUAACCAGAGAAGGUGAAGGUGUUCUAAUGUCCCGAACAUGCUUUUCUUGAAAUCACGUUUUGCUCUUUUAAAAUCAGUUUAAAUAUACAUUCCCUUUUCCUGGUUUGCCCUCCUGGCAUUUUUUAUUUUUUCUGUUGGGAUAAGUACUGCUUCUCAGAAUUUCCUGCCUGACAAACAAUAGAGCUAACUGAUGAUUGUUACGGUUCAGUGAAUCCUUUAUUGAAGGACGAAUGAUCUGCUUUACUUAGGUAUUGAGACAUACUACCCUCCUUUUGGAAGAGGUAAUCAAUUAUUUUAGAAACUGCACGUGUUCGGACGUGCUUCUCUAUCUGCACACGUGUCUUUCUUCAAGAGACCUCUGAGUCCCCUUUUCCAUUUUCAGAAGCUGGAGGGCCCUUUACUAAUAAAGAAUAUUAAGCUGUCCUUUAACUCUUGCUA